GGAAGAAAAAAAAAAGGUCGCAGCUUUAGCUGAUAUUCCUUUGUCGACGCCAAAAACGCUCCUCAAUUUGCCGUCAAAAGUUCAAUUUCUGAAAUACCCAUAAACCCAAAUUGCGAUAGAAUCUCUCACAAGCAGAGGGACCUAUCGGGAAGUCACAGCAGGAGCAAUAUACUCUGCGGCGGAGAUGGCGACGGUGGAGGGCAGGCCGCACUUUUGGCUACAUAGGAGAGACAAACUACAUCAACAUUGUGCAUGCAACAAGAGCAUACUUGCAUGUCCUUGGAAGAUUGCAAGCAGUGGCUUAAUUCAACUUGCCAGCUUAAUGGAGGAAGUGUUGGGAGAGGAAGGUGCUUUUGCAUGCCAAGCUUCUGCUGGGAUUCCAAGGCUGUAAAUUGCAUUCCCGAUAAUGAAAACAAGAAUCUUUCAGAUGGUUAUUAACAGCAUGGAAAACCAUUAUUGUUGAUAAUAUCUUUUAAGUACUACAGCUGGAAUAGUUCUCACAGCUAUUGCUGUUGUUGGUAAAGGUUGUUUCUGCAGAAGGAUGGCCAUAAGCAAAGGUAACCAGUGGUUUGCUCCUCCAAACAAAGCAAUUUUUUAUUCUAUUCAUCUUGCCUAGUUAUCUGCAUUGAGCACUCUAAUAGGAUUUCACAAAAUUAGUUCAAAGGAAUGCAUUUGAAGGGAAAUCAACAUUUCUGAAUGAAGAAAGUGAUCAUGGUGUGAUUGAAUUAGUAGGAUUUGAUGAGUUCCAAGGAGAUGGGACAAAAACUAUAAAUGUCCUGUUUUAUGAUUUUGAAAUGAUUGUAGCUGCCACAGAUGACUUUUCAGUUUCUAAUAAGUUUGGACAAGGUGGAUUUGGGCCAUUAUAUAAGGGAAAGUUCCCUGGGGAGCAGGAGAUAGCAGUCAAAAGGCUCUUGAGAAGUUCUGGACCAGGCCUGGAGGAAUCCAAGAAUGAAGUUCUAUUGAUUGCCAAACUCCAACAUAGGAAUUUGGAGAAUCUGAAUCUGUGAACUUUCUAGAUCCGUGAAGUGUAUACUCUUAAAUUGGCAAAUGCACUAAAACAUUAUACUGGGAGUUGCUAGAAGACUUUUACAUCUUCAUCAAGAUUCUAGGUUGAGGAUUAGAGAUCUCAAAAACCAGCAACAUUCUUCUGGAUGAGGAAAUGAACCCUAAAAUUUUAGACUUUGGAAUGGCAAGAAUAUUUGGAGGAAAGCAAACCCAAGCAAAUACAACCAGAGUUGUGGGCACAUGUUUUGGGGUUGGAGUCCUGGAGAUCAUAUCUGGAAAAAGGAAUAUAUAUUAUUCUAUCACAAGGAACAAGCUCUAACUCUUUUAGGAUAUGCUUGGAAACUGUGGAGCAAAAACACUGUAUUAGAAUUGAUGGAUCCUUCUUUGCACCAAGGUUGCAAUGAAGGUCAGGCGUUCAAGUGCAUCAAGGUUGCACUUUUAUGCAUACAAGACGAUGCAGCUGAUUGACCAACUAUGUCUGAGGUAGUGUCCAUGCUUUCUAGUGAAACUGCAGUUGUUCCCAAUCCUAAACAACCAAUUUUUGUUGUGAAAAGGUUCUCCAAUAGCCUUGCUUCUUCCAGCAAUCCAGGAACCUGUUCUUACAAUGAGCUAACCAUCACUUUUGAAGGUCUAUGAUAUUGAGGCUGUUUGGUGGAGCUUAAAAACCAUUUGCUUUAAAAGCACUACUUAUGUCUCAUAAGUUUGAAAUUUUGUUAGAAGGAAAUUUAAAAAUUAUCUUUUAAAGUGGGUUUUAAGCAAUUUCGAAAAAAGUUUGAAUGUGUAGCAUUUUCAAUAAUUGUUUAAAACGCAUUUUAAAAAAUAAUUUUAAAUGUUUCUUUCUAACAAAAUUUCAAACUUGUGAGGGAGAAUAAUACUUUAUGAGUUCCACCAAACCGUCUCAUUAUACAAACUGUAUAAUCCGUUGGAAAACAAUAGGAAUUUGUAUAGACACAAAUCUGAAUUGCAUUUAUGGAUUGUUAAUGUUUUCCUCCGGCUAAGGCCUGUCCUGUUUCCAGCCAGAGUACCAAUAAAAUUCUAGUUUGGCU